CUUUAUGGUCAGUGUACAUCUAAAUAUAUCUCCUCUCCCGAUAAAGCUAAUGCGGAGGGUUUGAGGGGAAGCUCUGGCGAUAUUGGGGGAGUCCGGCAAUCUCGUCGGCGUGGUAGAAGGGAACCAGGCUGAUGAAGCUCCUGUAAUCCACUUCGGGUCUCUCACGUUUUCUCUACCAUGGGGAGGCCAACAGUCUUUGAACCCUACAUCUCAACCAAGAUGCAAUCUGCCACCAGUUUUCAACGGAAGUGUUUGCCAGAUUCCGACUGCGACAAUGAAGGCUCCAUCACAGGUAACUGCCAUCUGUGUGAAAUGGAUUAAAAUAGAAGCCGUUAGCUACUGUCGAUUGUUUAGCCCCGGUUGAUUUUUAACAUCCAUUUAACAUCACAGUGUGAAAAAAUCUAUUGUUUCUUUGUGAUGGGAACACUGCUCCUGGAAAAGAAGCCAUUAGCUACUGUCGAUUGUUUAGCCCCGAUUGAUUUUGUGCAAGUUGAUUUAGCUGCCCAGGAAAUAUUUGCUCCAGUUGAAGGCGGGUGCACUACUGGUUUCAAAGCCAGACAGAUUCGCACUGCCCCUGGACCAGGAAUAAUUACCUAUUGUUCUGCUUUUGAUGGCCCAUUUGAAAAAGGCCAUGUGGCUGUUGUUGCUCCGAUUGAUCUUGUUUUUGAUGACACACAAUCUGCUAAUUGUGUUUCUGGUGUUGCAGCUCCUGUUAAGUCCUUGCCUGAUGAGGCCUCGGUGUAUGGCAGUCAUAUGAAUUCAGAUCCUGGCCCCGGAAUUUAUGCUUUUAAAGGGAAAGCCGGAAAUGAAGAACCUCGUUCUGAUCCUUCUUUUGAAACUGAUAAUGCAUACACUACACUUAUCCUCCCAUGUCCAGUGAUGAUAAUCCCAAUCAAUCUGAGGACACCCCCCUAUUAUUACUAACCUUGUUGUUUCAAGUCCACCAAAUACACCAGAAGAGGAGCCCGAUGGCUUCACUCAGGUGAAAACAAGAAGAAAUAAAUAAAGAUGCCGGUUUAGGAGCCAGUAAUGGCACACUGACCAAUUGGGAUACUACUGUAGGCUUAGAUGAACCCCCGGUGACUACCUCUAACAAGGCAGUAACCAUUGGUGGAGUUCAUCCGCUUUUGAUUCUCCUUGAUGCUCACUUGAUUGGUGCUACUACUGGUCGCAGAAAACACACAACAUCUUCUGGAGAUGAUGAAUUAAAUUCUGAUCCACCCAAAGUUGAAGCUGAAAUUUGAUACUACAGUUACCUCAAACUUGUCCUAUGACGAUGCUCCGUCUGAGGGCCUCUUUUUCCCAUAAUAUUUCUAUUGUUACAGGUAUAUCAGCAGCCAAGAAAGACUGCCCCGACAGAUUUUUGAAAUGUUGCAGGUACGAACAUCCAAGCCUUUGAGGAUUCAUUGUUGAAAGGAAAUUUUUUAAAAUGGAAUCCGGUUAAGGUGAUGAAUUAAAUGUGUGUUUCUUUGGUAGAAGAUGUAUUUGAUAAGGUAAUAAAGCUGAUAUACUCAAUAAGUUAAGAACUAUGUGUACUCUAAUAAUAUGUUUUCUUAAUGUCGUUUGUGCUUAUGUGUGUUGAUUUUGGACAUUUCUAUUAUGUUGCAAGGUAGUUAUUAUGUUUCUUAGCAGCAGCUUCCUGCUCUCCUCCGAUUCCUGCCCGCUCGCCUCCUAUUCUGUAAUGUCAUUUGAUUUGUUUUUUGUCAAUACACUGCAUUAUUAAGGUGUGCAUUAUUAAGGUGGCACACAUCAAUCCUUUAUUUUUUUUACAGUGAGUUCAAUAUUGGCAUGUCCCUUUUAUUGGAAUUUGUCAUUCUUAUUGGUAAUCCAUAACCUAACAGAUCAUUAGUGUCCAUUUCAAUUAGCCACAUUUGAAUUAGCUAAUAGAUGAUGUGUAGGUUUGACACUUUGACCGUUUGGGAAUCUCUUAAUACUCUUCUAUUUUAAGUCACUUUGAAGUUUCAUUUGUCUCUUAAUUCAUCUCAUUAUAAGACUCUUUUUACAAGAUAUAAAGAACCUAUAAUUGGACUUUUCUUAAGAUAUAAAACAAAGUUAGAAGAAUCACAUAUAUCAAUCAUUAUACUACUCCGAAUAAAUUAGUUGAUUGUGUACUUUUCUUUGCAUACUCAUAUUCUUUGCAUGGACUUUUCAAAUUCUACUAAGCUAAACAUUUGAUUCCAUUUCAAAUAAAUAUGAAAAUUAAGCAUUGUAGAGUGAGCACUUCUUUGUUUUGAUAUUAUCAAUUUGGUGUUGUGGUUCUGUUUCAAAACAUAGUACUCUUACAUUGAAAUUAGUCUUCUUUGUGGUUCUGUUUGAAAACAUUUGAAGAAUGACAUUCCUCUAAAUCUUUUUUUUUAAUUUCAUAAAAUACUACGUCUAUGUAGAAUAAAACACUUUGAGUUGAGUGUCCAUAAAGGUUGUGGUAAAAACCAAGAUCCAUAAAAAAUGAAUAGAGCAACCUCGGUAAUCAUCACCUCUCUUCCUUAUUAAUUUCAUUUUAUUUUCAUUAUUAUUAUUGGUUUACGGUUUCGCUAAUCUCAGCUGCCAUAGGUACUACUUCUCAUUUCUAAUUUGUUUGCUUUUAGCACAACAGUUCGGUUACGUUGCUGUCUAAUCUUAUAUUUGAUCAACUUGUGAAAUUGUGGUUUGUGCACACAUGUGUAGUUUUCUUUCGUGAUCAAAUCAUAUGUGCCUGGUAUGGAGAAGGGUUAACGCCUCUCAAGUCUCACCUUGAUGUGGACAGCUGAGAUUUCUUCUCUUUUGUUUGCUUUUCUUUCUAUUUCAUUUCCAGGAUAUGAACGAAAUAGAAGUUUGGGGCUGGUUCUCAUAUGCAACGAAGUACUUCUUUAUCCCUCAAGAGGGUGGAGUCCUUUGGAAACUGAUUCUCGGUGGCCUAUACGGCAGAAAUGGGGAUCAGAUUGUGCAGAGGACACGUACAAGGGAUUUUUAGACGAAGAAGGGGAAGAGGUGAACUCACAGGCGUCAUGGUAUCCAAAUCCCUACGACCAUGUCUUCAGUCACAAUCCUCGUCGUCCUUGGAUGCCGUUUUCUUAGGGACACCCGUAACCUAGUCGCUUUUUUUAUACCUAAGUUACGUUGUUAUGUUAUCUGGUUGCCUAAUGUGUAUUUUUUGUUAAAAACUAUGGCUGAACUGAUGCAUGUGAUGAAUACAAUUUCUAUUGUUUUGUUUAACCAUUUAUGUGUCAUUACCUAAUCGUCAAUUCAUUUACCUAGCUUUUUGCUUGAUAUGUUUCAAAUCAGUGUGAUGUAGCCCCUACAGGAACUGAUUUUGCUGAUUACCACUGUGAUUCACCUAUAUGAUGCAUGAUGUGUUUCAAAUCAGUGUGAUGUAGCCUCUUUUAUGUCUAAUUGUGUUGAUUACCAUGGUAUAUAAUGGACCUAUAUGAUGCACGAUUUGAUUCAAAUCAGUGUGAUGUAGCACCUUAGAUGCUUGAUUCGGUUGAUUACCAUGGUGAUUGACCUAUAUGAUGCAUGAUUUAAUUAAAUCGGUGUGAUUUAGCCUCUUAGAUGUCUGAUUGUGUUGAUUACCAUAGCGAUUCACCUACAUGAUGCAUGUUUUGAUUCAAAUCAGUUUGAUUUAGCUUCUUAAAUGCAUGAUUGUGUUGAUUACCAUGGGGAUUGACCUAUAUGAUGUAUAAUUUGGUUCUAAUCAGUGUAAUGUAUCCUCUUAGAUGCUUGAUUUUGUUGAUUACCAUAGUGGUUGACCUAUAUGAUGCAUGGUUUGAUUCACAUCAGUGUGAUGUGGCCUCUUAUAUGCCUGAUGGUGUUGAUUACCAUGGUCAUUGGCCUAUAUGAUGCAUGAGUUGGCUUGAAAUGAGUGUGUUGUAGCCUAUAUGAUGCAUGAAAUAAUGAUUAAUGGGGGUAGUAUGCUCUGAACAUUGGUCUUUAGGUUAUUAUCUUGAGGAAUAGCUUGUGCCACCCACUUCAAAUGAGCAUUGAUGUGCCAUCCACUUCAAACUGAGUGUUAGAUCAGAAUAGAGAUUUUCUGUCUUAUAUGUUCUGAGGUCUCUAUUGUCCCUCAUGACUAUGACAUUCAUCUUCCAUUGAAGUGAUAGACCUUUAGAAUUUUCAUGUCGAUUUUAUUGGGACAACUCUUUCCCCAACUCUGUAAUCUCAUUUGUGAGUUUGAGCAAUCUAGUUUGCAUUUCUGCAAUGCACUCUUCUGGUGGAAGUUUAAAGUCUUCAAACUUCUUCAUAGUUAUAGUUUGCUUGUUAUCUUUGUCUUGUUCAUCACCUGUACAAAUAAGGAUUAGUGUAUCUCACACCUCUUUAGCCAUUGCACACUUCUUU